GCUGUGCGUCCUGUAGUAAUCCUGUCCUCAGUGUCUGUACAGUAGGUGUGAUAUUGACAGACAUUGGACUUUACAGCAGCUUUACUCUCAGAGUUUUCCUCCGUUGAGUCUUUUGUCGAUAGCCCCCUGCCACAUAGACUGCAGAGAAAGUCCUCAGGUUGCUUUUACUGUUAGGGGUGGGGGGGGGGGGCAUGGAACCACUGUGGAAGGAGGCGAAGGAUAAUCCGUCGGCUUCAGCUAAUCUUCUCUCCAAGAUUUUCUUCUGUUGGCUGAAUCCCUUGUUCAGUAUCGGGUACAAGAGGAAGUUGGAGGAAGAUGACAUGUAUAAAGUUCUCCCAGAAGAUGCAUCAGAUAGACUCGGAGAGGAGCUACAAUGGUACUGGAACAGAGAGGUUCAACAGGCGGCAAAAGAUCUGUGCCCACCCAGACUUGCCAAAGUUCUUGUUCAGUGCUAUUGGAGAUCAUAUGCACUCAUUGGAAUAUACAUCUUUAUAGAGGAAGUUAUCAAAGUCAUUCAGCCGUUGCUACUUGGGAAGAUAAUUGAGUACUUUGAGAGUUAUGACCCCACCAACACAGCUGCAGUCUAUGAGGCCUACAGCUAUGCUGCAGGCUUCUCCUUGUUAACCAUCGUUCUGGCUGUCCUUCAUCAUCUCUAUUUCUACCACGUCCAGCGGGCAGGCAUGAAGAUUCGUGUGGCCAUGUGCCACAUGAUUUAUCAGAAGGCUCUUUGUCUUAACAGCAAAGCAUUUGCCAAAACUACCACAGGACAAAUUGUGAACCUCUUAUCCAAUGAUGUCAACAAAUUUGAUGAGGUAACCUUAUAUUUGCACUUUUUGUGGAUUGGUCCUCUACAAGCAGCAACUGUAAUAUUUUUGUUGAUGUAUGCGAUUGGCCCAUCAUGCCUUGCGGGAAUGGCUGUCUUCUUCAUCCUGAUGCCAGUACAGACUAUGUUUGGACAGUUGUUCUCUAGUCUCAGGGCUGAAACAACAGUCUUAACAGAUGACAGGAUACGCACAAUGAAUGAAGUAAUUUCUGGGAUCCGCGUUAUAAAGAUGUAUGGGUGGGAAAAGCCUUUUGCUGCAUUGGUGGAUGAGGUCAGAAGAAUGGAAAUCUCCAAGAUCAUGAAAAGCUCCUUCCUGCGUGGCCUGAACAUGGCAUCUUUCUUUGUGGCCAACAAGAUCAUUGUCUUCAUCACCGUCUGUGUCUACGUGCUGACAGGAAACCAGUUGUCUGCUAGCAGAGUGUUUAUGGCUGUUUCCCUCUAUGGGGCGGUCAGACUCACCAUCACACUCUUCUUUCCCUUUGCCAUAGAGAAGGUCUCUGAGUCUCUCAUCAGCAUUAGAAGGAUUCAAAAUUUUCUUUUGCUGGAUGAAGUUGCUCCUCAGCAUUUGGGGCUUCCUGUGGCAGAGAAGAAAGAUUGUAUGGUGAAAAUUCAGGAUUUAAUAUGCUACUGGGAUAAGAUGCUAGAGGCUCCAACUUUACAGAACGUGUCUUUUACAGUGAGGCCUGAGCAGCUCCUGGCAGUAAUCGGACCUGUUGGGGCUGGAAAGUCCUCGCUCCUCAGUGCCAUCCUGGGAGAACUGAGUCAGGAAAGUGGUGUGGUCAAGGUCAAAGGAGAGCUGACAUAUACUUCUCAGCUGCCUUGGAUUUUACCUGGUACGAUUCGGAGCAACAUCCUUUUUGGCAAAGAGCUCAACCCCCAGAAGUAUGAUAGAGUUCUGAGAGCCUGCGCCCUCAAGAGAGACAUGGACCUAUUGCCAGGUGGUGACUUGGCGAUAGUUGGGGACAGAGGGGCCAACCUCAGUGGAGGACAGAAGGCAAGAGUCAGCUUAGCAAGAGCAGUGUAUCAGGAUGCAGAUAUCUACUUGCUGGAUGACCCUCUCAGUGCUGUGGAUGCCAAGGUGGGAAGGCACCUCUUUGAAGAGUGCAUUUGUGGACUUUUGAGGAAGAAGCCUCGUAUCCUGGUUACUCAUCAAAUCCAGUAUCUGAAGGCUGCAGAUCAAAUUGUUGUCUUAAAUCAGGGUAAGAUGAUGGCACGGGGGACCUACAAUGAGUUGCAGAGCUCUGGACUCGACUUCACCACCCUGUUUAAGAAGGAGGAGGAGGAGGAGGACGGCCAGGAGGGGGAGAAGCAGGGCGCGACCCCCAUCCCUUGGACUGUGUCCCGCUUCCCCCAUACAGUCUCUGACAACUCAAUAUCCUCUAUGUCCUCUCUCUCCGCCUCUCUGUACUCUUUGACUGAUGGAGCAGAGCCACUUACAGUGGCAGUGCAACCAACGGAGGAGGAAAGCCGCUCAGAAGGAAACGUCGGCCUGCGUAUGUAUGUGAAGUAUUUCAGGGCAGGCGCUAACUUCCUGGUCCUCUUGGUCCUCAUUUUACUCAAUGCCCUAGCACAUAUCACCUUUGUUCUACAAGACUGGUGGCUUGCUCGCUGGGCCUCUGAACAGAAGCACCUCAAUGUGACAGAGCACCUCAAUGGCAGCUUCUCUCGGCAGCUGGACCUUGACCUGUACCUAGGUGUUUACGCAGGUUUAACAGCCACUUCAGUAGUGUUUGGCUUCCUUCGCAGCUUGGUCUUCUUUAAUGUCCUGGUGAGCUCGGCCCAAACCCUACACAACAGCAUGUUUGAUGCCGUCCUCCGGACCCCUGUACACUUUUUCGAUAUCAAUCCAAUUGGAAGAAUCCUCAACAGGUUUUCGAAGGACAUUGGUUACCUGGACUCUCUGCUCCCAUGGACGUUUGUGGACUUUAUCCAGGUAUUUCUCCAAGUCAUCGGAGUGAUUGCAGUAGCUGCCGUCAUCAUCCCCUGGAUCCUUAUUCCUGUUGCUCCACUUCUUGCUGUCUUCCUGUUUCUGCGAUGCUAUUUCCUGCAGACCUCCAGAGACAUAAAGCGCCUAGAGUCUACCACUCGGAGUCCCGUUUUCUCCCACCUUUCUUCCUCUCUCCAAGGCUUGAGCACCAUCCGUGCCUUCAAGGUUCAGCAGAGGUUUCAGCAAAUGUUUGAUGGAUAUCAAGAUCUUCACUCAGAGGCUUGGUUCCUGUUCCUGACUACUUCUCGCUGGUUUGCUGUACGCCUUGAUGGAAUUUGUUCAAUUUUUGUCACCAUCACUGCUUUUGGCUGCAUUUACCUGGGGGAUGGACUGGAACCAGGUGCAGUGGGUCUGGCUUUAUCUUAUUCAAUGACACUUACAGGCAUGUUCCAGUGGGGAGUCAGACAGAGUGCAGAGAUCGAGAACAUGAUGACAUCAGUGGAGAGAGUGGUUGAGUAUGCCGAGCUGGAGAGUGAAGCACCCUGGGAGACGGACAAACAGCCUCCGCAUGAUUGGCCCAAGGCAGGCGCCAUCACCUUUGACGGAGUCAACUUCUCUUACAGUGCCAGUGAGCGCUUGGUCCUAAAGAAUCUGACUGUCGUCUUCACAUCCAGAGAAAAGGUUGGCAUUGUUGGACGCACUGGUGCUGGUAAAAGCUCCCUGAUCUCUGCCUUGUUCCGGCUGGCAGAACCUGGGGGACGAAUAAUGAUUGAUGGUUUUCUGACUUCUGAGAUCGGUCUGCACACCCUGCGUCAGAAAAUGUCCAUCAUCCCACAGGACCCAGUUCUCUUCACUGGCACCAUGAGGAAGAAUCUGGACCCUUUCAGGCAGCACACAGAUGAGGACCUGUGGAAUGCACUCCAAGAGGUGCAGAUGAAGGCCGUGGUGGAGGACCUGCCCAAUAAGCUGGAGACUAUGCUGACUGAGUCCGGCUCUAACUUCAGCGUGGGCCAGAGGCAGCUGGUGUGCCUGGCCAGGGCCAUCCUCCGGAAAAACCGCAUCCUCAUCAUUGAUGAGGCCACAGCCAAUGUGGACCCAAGAACUGAUAGCCUCAUCCAGCAGACUAUCCGGGACAAGUUUCAAGAGUGUACCGUCCUCACCAUUGCUCACAGGCUCAACACUAUCAUUGACUGUGACAGAAUACUGGUUUUGGAUGCUGGCAGGAUCCAGGAGUAUGACGAGCCAUAUGUGCUGCUCCAGAACCAGGAAGGGCUCUUUUACCAGAUGGUCCAACAGACAGGCAGAGCUGAGGCCGCCUCACUGCUGCACACAGCCAAACAGGUUUACAUGAACAAAAAGCGAGUGACAGACGUGCGCUGCGCCAAGGACAUCUGUGCCAUCUUUGAGACGUCUCUUUGACAGUUUGGAGAGUCGCUGUGGCCCUCACGCUCAUCAUCACUGACCAAAUCUAUCACCAGAUAUACUUAGAUUCCUUCCUGUUUAUUAAAAUGUAUUUUGACUCCCAGCAGGCCGCGUGUAGUAUUUGAUUGGCGUAGUCCUUUGGUGUGGAACAGAGGCAAGUAUCUGAGGCAGGGUGUGCCUUUAUUGACAUCAUAUUACUGCAUGGCUGUUUAUUGAUUACACCCUGCUAUGUUUAUGUAUGCAUGUUCUGGCCUCUUGGGUAGCUUCAAUUUGGCACUAGUGCUAAAAAACUGCAGAUAUUGGAUGUGUUUAUCCUGGUGCAAUGCAUUAUUGGUGGCUUAAACUAUUCCUUUAAGGCAAACAUUGUUUGGUUUCAUUAUUUGGAAAAUGCUUGAAAAGACAAGGAGAACCACAGGAGACAGCGAGUGAUGUUUUCAGUAAUUAUUGUGCCUUAAUCAGACUAUUGAUGUUUUUUGUAAUUGCACUGUUUUAAUUAAGUAGUCUUCCAGCACUUUGACGAUAGUGGUUUUAUGUCUACCUCAGCUCUUGUUUGGAAAGAACAGUAAAGUUUAAAUGUAACAUGUCAUGUACUGGCAAUGAUAAUGACUAACAACAAGAAACAUUUAUUGCCUCUGAGAAAUGUUCUCCAGUAAUAUCAACUUUCUCUCUUUAUUUUUUGAUAAAUGGGCUGUUGUGGCUUUAAAAGCAUAGCACUGACAUGAAAUUUGAUAUGACUAUUUAUAGCUAUGUAUUUAUUUACAUUGUCUAAAUCUUUGCAUAGUUUUCUUUUUAAAGGUAAUAUUUCAGGGAGAUGCACUUUGUAGUUUAGUCAUAAAUAAGUGAUACAAAUGAUCACUUAUAAUGUAGAUCAAGUAAAAUUCUAAUUACUACAUAAUAAUAAAACAGUAUUUCUUGAA